UCCUUCCUUAAACUAUACAAACCUUGCUUCACAAAUUAGGCACCACCUCCCACUGUCAACGUCUCUAAUGGCUUCUCUCUUCACCUGCAGAUACAUAUCAGAGAGCUUGUCUUCUUCAUUUGCUUAUCAUUUGUUUUUCCUGAUUCUUACUCCUCUCAUCUUUCCAUUUCUCACCCUCACUGCAGCUCAAGCAAGCCUCUGCAGAACCUCCUGUGGUGGCAUUCCAAUCAACUACCCUUUCGGUAUUGAUGAUGGCUGCGGCAGCCCUUACUACAGACACAUCCUUGUGUGCCCGGAUUCCGGCCAGCUUGAACUCAGAACCCCUUCCGGGAGGUACCCAGUUCGUAGCCUGAGCUACUCAGAUCCCCACAUUUUAGUUUCUGAUCCUUUCAUGUGGAACUGCCAAGAUGGGGAUGCCUUCCGCCCAACCAGGCCAUUUAGUCUCGACACCAGCACCCAUUUCUCCCUUUCCCCACAGAAUGACUACCUCUUCUUUAACUGUAGUGAAGAUGAUGUGAUCGUCGAACCCAAGCCGAUCUUCUGCGAACGCUUCCCUGAUCGGUGUGACUCGUCUUGUGACAGUGCUAGUUAUCUUUGUCGGCACUUACCGGAAUGUGCUUCGGCAUUGGGUGGUAGUUCAUGCUGCUCUUACUACCCCAAAGCCACAGAAUCCCUCAGGCUGAUGCUGAAGUAUUGUGCAAGCUAUACUAGUGUGUACUGGAGAAGCAGUGGUGGAAAUCCUCCGGAUGAUCAGAUUCCUGAGUAUGGGGUUCGGGUAGAUUUCGAUAUUCCAGUGACAACCCGAUGCCUCCAGUGCCAGGAUACUACGAAGGGAGGUGGAACUUGUGGAUUUGAUACUCAAACACAGGAUUUCUUGUGCCUUUGUGAGCAAGGAAAUACUACCACCUAUUGUAAAGAUCUUGUUGUUCGGCAUAAUAAGAGGAUUGGAGUAAUUGCAGGGACAGCAACUGCAGUUUCCUUUGCUGGGGUGGUGGGAAUUGCAGCUGGGAUAUGGUACUUAAUCAAAUUGAGAAAAAAAGCACCAGUGGCUUGUGGGGUUCAGAGCAAUGAGAAUAGACUAUUCUGAGAAUAAAUCUGCCAAAGCAAAUCGACCACCUAUAUUCUUUUUCCUUUUCCCUCUCUAUUUUCAACCUGUUUUUCCCACUGCAAUAGGCCAGUUUGAUGGCUUGAUCCACACUACAAUAUUUCUUAGUGAUCCCACUUUUUGCUUCUGUAUUAAUGGCAACACAAUGAAUAGCAGGCACAUCUGGUUUUAUUUUCAUA